UACGCCCGUGUGAUUGUAUCGAGCCGUUCUUCCCCCGGUCGACUGCUGAAGUGUGUAGUGUAGGCAACAGGACGCAAAACACGCGCUAAAAUGGCAGUCUGAAGGCGUGCAGCGGCGAUCCUUGCAGCGGCAACAAACCGGCAGUGCAGCGGCGAAGUGCACUGGUUAUAUUUGGCAAAAUGGCGUCUCUCUCGGCAACCACCCUCAGCUUUGCUGCCGUCGACAGCAGUUUGGGACCUCUCGACUUGUUAACAUUGUCAGGCUCUCCAUUGUUCUCGUACACCCAUCUGCAACUACCACUGACCAGCAGGAUCCAUGGCACUCUCGCAGCUGGCCUUGGAGGACGUGGCAGCCCCGUGCUUAGAGCCCUCUUUUCCGAUGGCUGACCCCAUGGGGCCCCUUCUGGACCAAGAUGAAGAAGCUCUCUCUCCCUCUUCCUCUUUAGAGGUGAAGGUGCCAGUUUCGCCCUCCCUCUCUUUCUCCUCCAGUGCAUCCUCUCCGUCUCACUAUCAGACCAUUGCAUUUCCCCCGUUUUUCUCUGCCUCCCCACCUCCCUCCCCUCCCACUCAUUCCUCCUCGCUCCUGGGGACCAAGGAUGAAACAGACCUGCUGUCCUUCUCCCUGCUGGAUGCCAGCGACCUGCUCGACACCCACGUUGGAGCAAAUGAUGGCAAAGCAGAUGAUGCUUUUGAGGGCAUGGACUGGAUGUCGGAAAAAAUCGACUUCAGUGAGAUUGACCUGGAUUCUCUGAUCGGCUCCUGCUCAUCUGUCUCUCCUGGCUCCCCUGAAGAUCUCCUGGCCUCCCUGGACUCUCACAUGCGUCUGGAUUCUUUUGAAAUGCCUAACCCCACUCAGCACAACAGCCCAGACCUUACUGUGACAUUGCCAGAAAUCCAGUCACUCCCUCUGGAAACGCCUCUCCUCGAGUCAACUGAGUCCAAGAAAACAGAAUUGGCACUUGUCCAGGAUGACGAUGUGAAGUCUGAGCCUCCCUCUCCCUCUCCCGCCCCCUCCUCCUCCUCUCCCACCUCUCCGGCCUACACGUUGGAAUUGGGGAGUGAAGUGGAUGUCCUGGAUGUUGAAAAAUCGACCACAACCCUAUCAGCCACCAUAAUCUCCGACCCCAGUGGAAUCAUUCAGACCAUCAAUCAAAUUGUGCACCCCAUUCCCACCUCUACUCACAUCGUGGUGGUCCUUGCCAACGAAGAAGAAUCUUCUCCCAUGUCAGAUAAAACCGCCACAUCCAGCGACUCCGAGGGCGACUCUGGGAUCGAGUCGGUCGCUGGCUCACCCCCACGCCACCCAUCUCCUCCCCCCAGUUCCCCCACGUCUGGUUCCUCCAGGACCAAACCCUACUGCAGACCAGAGCCCGCCGCCGCCUCCUCCACCUCCAAGGCCCCCAGGGUCAAAUCUGUGUCUGGCGUUCCCAAGGUGAUCGAGAAGAAAUUGAAGAAGAUGGAGCAGAAUAAGACAGCAGCUACCCGCUACCGACAGAAGAAGAGGGUCGAGCAAGACUUGCUGAACACGGAAUGUGAAAUUCUCGAGAAGAAGAAUAACGAGCUGGCGGAGAAAGCAGAGUCCAUCAGCCGAGAGAUCCAGUACCUCAAGGAUUUGAUGGAAGAAGUUCGCAAGCACCGCCGGGGGAAAACCAACUCAGUUGCUUAGAAAGAAGAGUGAUGAUGUGGCACGUUCUCUU